AUGGCGCCAUCACAAUCUGGUAUUGGAUGGAUGCUCUCAAGUCUUUGGCCAACAGGCAGCAGUCAUGGGUCAAUACGACACCACAGCAGUAGCACUUCUGCAGCUAUCACCAACAACAACGAGAAGCCCGCAGCUGUCAGGAUUGGUAUUGUUGGAGGAGGAAUCAUGGGAAUCACCGUUGCGAAUAGUCUAAUUGAGUCUCUGCAAAAAAAGAAUGAUCCACGGCUGCCAAACUUGCAAAUUAUCAUGUUGGAAGGCGACCAUCAAGGGGGUGGUGGCAUGACGGAAUUCAAUCAAAACAAGCAUGGGCCCGAUUGGAAAGCUGCCACGGCUCGGAAUGCCAAUACCAUUGCCGUGGGAGCCUCGAUGCAUGUCUUGAGCACUCGACCAUUGGUGUACUCACUACUAUCCAAUGGAAUCAAAGAUGCCAUAGGAUCUCUGCAACGACAAUUGUUUGGACAAAGUAACAAUACAUCCGCGGAAGCAUCCAACAAGGCAACAAAGACAAACCAUUCCAAUCCAGAGCUGUUUGCCAAGCCUCCGCCAUUCUUUGCCGUCAAGCCUUAUUAUUGUCUGGGACCACCAGCUACUUGGAACGAACGACUGGCCUUUGUCAAUUUUGGACUCCACUUUUGGUACACCGCCUUGGUCCAUGGCGGUCGAACCGACGCCAAGGCAAGGGCCCAAACGCUGGUGCAAUUGGCCAAGGCGACCCGGCACAAAUUCGUACAGGAGAUUGCUCCCAAGCAUGGAUGUACCAGCAAUUGGUACGCGGAAGGACUGCUGUCAGUUCAUCGAACGGAACAAGCGGCCCAGCACGCCUUGGACGAAUGCCACGAGUAUGGAUUGCCGGCUCGGAAACUAUCGUGGGACGAGGCCAUUCAGCGGGAACCCCGGUUGCAAAGAUUGCCGAUUGACUCGUUAUAUGCCGUCUUGAGACCACUUGACAUUGCCGCCAAUUGCGAACAAUACACCCGGCUGCUCCUGGACAAAUGCCAGCAAUAUCAUAAUGAUGAUGAUGAUAACGACAAUGGUGGUGUCCACUUUGACUACAGCAGUGAUCGAGGCAAGGUGACUCGAAUCGACUAUGAUGCUAAUGACGACGGCUCAAAUGGAACAUAUACAAUUCAGCAAGAAAGUGGAAGGUCUACUCAAGUGGACGUGGUCGUCUUGGCGGCGGGUGCUGAAACUCCCCUCUUGGCUCAAACCUUGGGAGUCGCCAGCCAAAUCCCGACCUAUCCACUCCGUGGGUUUUCCUAUACUGCGGUAGUCGCCAAGCUGCGGUCCUGGGGCCACCACCACUCUAGCAGUAAUCAGCUACUCCAGUCGGCCAUUGCCAUGGACAAUUUGUACAUGUCCUCCGUCAAGCCCUGGAUGGCCCGAUUGACAGGAUUUGGAGAAUUGGCUGGAUUUCAACGACAACAACAAGAACGACAAGCAGCAGCACCAUCCGAGGCCCCUCGGGUGCUGAACCAAUAUGCGCAAGCCUUGUUUGGAGAUAUUGCCCCAGACAAAAUCAAUAUUGCGCCAGAGACUGCCAUUCCCUGCUUGCGGCCCAUGAGUCCGGACGAUUUGCCCAUUGUGGGAGCUUUGGUGGGCAGGACUAAUGGUGGCAAGAAGAUGAAGGGACUUUUUGUGCAUACUGGUCAUGGAACAUUGGGUUGGACUACAGCCUAUGCUACAGCAGAUUGCUGUGCCCAAGAUAUUCUCGAUUAUCUACUACUACCACCAGAAAAAAAAGAUGGGGACGAUUCUUCUCCUUCCGAUAAAAAAGCGCCAUUUUCAUUGCCGGACGGCUCCACAUUGGAUCGAAAACUGAUAUCACCCUCGAGAUUUCAGUUUGGCUGGUUUGCAUCGCCGUGA